AUGGCGGACGCCGACCUCGAGAAGCAAAACACAAUCAGCAGCCAACACAACAAUGGCUCCCCUAACCUCUCCCACCAAGAAACGGCCUCCUCAACCCAUGACUACGGCCGCUACGGUCCUCUAGCCCACGUCAACACCGCCUCCACCCGUCUCCCUGCAUUUGGUGGUGAACUGCAGCCCGGUCUCUAUAAACCUCCCACUGACCGGAAAGUCGCGAAUCCUGGGCCGUUAGGGCUUUGUGGUUUCGCGCUUACUACUUUCCUUCUGGGGUUGAUCCAGAUGCAGGUGAAGGAUAUUUUAUUGCCGAAUAUUGUUGUUGCGCCGGCGUUGGCAUAUGGGGGGUUGGUGCAGCUUUGUGCUGGAAUGUGGGAAAUGGCUAUUGGAAAUACAUUCGGUGCGACUGUGCUCUCAUCCUAUGGUGGAUUCUGGAUCUCCAUCGCGAUCAUCUUUAUCCCCGGUGGAUUCGAAAUCAUGCCCGCGCUUGAGGAAGCAGGUGGAGGCACAACCACAAUGUUCUACGACUCUUUCUCCUUAUUCCUCUGGGGCUGGUUCAUCUUCACAACAAUAAUAACCUUCUUAACCCUCCGCUCCACCCUCGCUUUCUUCUCCCUAUUCUUUUUUGUCGACAUCGCCGUCCUCCUCCUCGCACUCGCCUACAUGAUCCGCGAUCCUGCGGGCAUGCCGCACGCGCAACUGCAGAAAUCAGGUGGUUUCUUUGCGCUACUGGGGGCGUUUUUGGCGUGGUAUAAUGCGUUUGCCGGGUUGGCCGAUAAUACUAAUAGUUUCUUUGUUGUGCCUGUGUUGCAUUUCCCUUGGAGUGAGAAGGGGAGGCAAGGAAGGAAGGCGGAGUAA